AUGAAUCAGAGUGAAUCUAUUACCGCAUACGUUAAGGGUAAUACUGGAGAAUGGAGAUAUUUCUUAGGAGGGUUUAUGCUUGUGAGUCUGGUAUUCUCGGAGAUGGGAAAUCUGUUCUUAAUCAUUGGAAUAUACUCAAAGAAGCUCGACAGUGUAACAGCAAAAGUGAUAAAGGCUCUCACACUGACUGAUGCUGUGCUGGGCAUGCUGCUUAUACUUCCAUCCUGUGUUUCUAUGCUUAAUGAGGGGUGGAUCUUUGGUGGUGGAGGUUGUAUUCUACAGGGUCUCCUUUCUAACACUCUGCUAUCAUCACAUUGUUUUCUCAUGCUGUGCCUGGCAAUCGAAAGAUUUUAUAUGUUGGUAACAAAAAAUCCGUCAAAGCCUCUCAGUAGUUUCUGCAACGCUGGAAUUGUUGGCAUUUUCUUGCUUUCUGGUCUUCUGUCCGGAUUUCCUCUGUUGCAAAACAACAGCUACAGAUACAUGCCGGGUAUCUACCAUUGCGUUUUAUCCGCGGAUACAUUUCCGCUUUUUAUCAAUUUGAUGAUGUAUGUAAUUCCUCUAAUGGCUGUUACGUUCUUUUCCAUUCUUACAUUGAUGAAAACAACAUCAUGCUGUGUGGGAGGGAACAGAAUAUCAGUUAAUCCUAUUGAGGAGUCCGAGGCAGAAAAUCGAUUGAGGGAAGAAAGGAUAGGAAUGGCAAGGGCGUCAUUGUUUCCAACACUAACAACCUUUCGUGAAAUAGAUGAAACAAUUAUGCUUCCAAGGGUCGAAAUAAGAGCAACAAUUGCGUUGUCAUACUUGAAUUCCCCGUUGUCAGUCUUAUACAUCAUAGCUUUUUGUCUAAAGACUCUUGCAUUUUUCUGGCUCGAUAUCCAAGGCAAACUCGCUGGAAUAAGUCUCUUAUUUUAUACAAUUGCAAGUUUCAUCCAACCAUUUAUUCUUUUUGGAGUGAGCGGUGCUUUGCGAAAAUCAUUCAUCAAUUUCAUUAGGCGAAGAAAUGUUGAUACCACACCAACGCAUGUUUUUCGACUAAUAAGAAGAUCUCCUCGACCAAGAGAAGAACAUGAACUAUGUCGAGACAUCCCGACUUUUCUAAGACAGUCAUCUGCAGUGACGAUACACGGACAAAUAUCUUCACAAGUGAAUGUAAGCAGUGAAAACUGUCUCGAGGAAACCCGUGCAUGUAUGUCCAGCUCAUCUUCACUGGGAAGUGAUAAGUCAAAAUCUUCAAAGAAGGAAAACAAUCUCCUGAAACACACAGUUGUAAAACGACCACGAAUUGAUAAUGACCGUCGAUUUUCUCUGCAAAGUACCAACGCAGACAGUGUCGAUUCUAUGCUCGUCAAUGUCGGUGCUUCAGUGGAAUCGAAUAGUAGAUGGUCUGUUUCUACAGCCAGUGUCAUGACAUUGAACAUUCCGGAACUACAAAUGCCGUGUUCCCGUCCUAGAUCUAGAAUAACUCGUGUUAUGUCAGAAACAACUCACGAAUCACCGAGAGGCAAUACUUCUCCAACUAACAGUAUUUCAAGUGAACGUUUGCUCAAACCGUCUUUGUCUGCUGGAGUGAUGCUGUCUCCGAAAAAACUCUCACUUGGACGAGAAAGGACACAGUUCCGAAGUUUCUUGAUUGAUGACACUAGAUUGCCCCUUCCUCCAGUGGAGGACGUCAGUUCGCAAGAGUGCUCACCUAGGGAGAGUAAGGAAAUCCGUCAAUCUACCAUCUUGAAAGAAGUGAAACCAUUCCUACCCCUCUCUCCACGGAUAUCUAAACAGCGGUCAAGGAGUUUCGUUAUACGUAUGGAUAGUCAGACUGACUCUGUCUUCGGAGAGGUGGACUAG